ACCAGAAACAGCAACAUGUCUGCUCCAGUAAAGUCUGCUCCAGCCAAGUCUAACCAACUGGCCCAUCCUCAGAGAUACUUGAUUGCCUACAAUUCGAUCCUGGCCUCCCUUUGGUCUUUGGUGCUUUUCAAUACCGUAUUCCUUGCCCUUACAGUUGGACAGCCAUAUGUAUUCAUCAAGACUAAUUUCUCCACCGCGUUAAUUCAAACCCUUGCCGUGGUUGAAAUCUUCAAUUCCGCUUUAGGAUUCGUCAAGUCUCCUUUAUUUACCACUGUAACUCAAGUUUUCUCAAGAUUGUUGAUUGUAUGGGGAAUCCACCAGUUGUUACCACAAUCCCCAGCAAACUUCCAUUGGUGUUACAUUACCUUAUGUUUGAGUUGGUCAAUCACAGAAAUCAUCAGAUACAGUUACUAUGCCAGCAACUUGAGAGCUGGCGCCAGUGUUGUACCAAGUCAAUAUUUAACUUGGUUGAGAUACUCUACUUUCUACGUUUUGUAUCCAACCGGUGUCUUUUCCGAAGUUUACUCAGUUAUUUUAUCCUUGGGCGAAGCUGAAAACGUCGUUGGUGCCUGGUAUGCUUGGGCAUUGAAGGCUAUUCUUGUUGUUUACAUUCCUGGUUUCUACAUGUUGUACACCUACAUGAUUAAGCAAAGAAAGAAGGUUUUGGGUGCAAACAAGGUAAAAAAGUCCCAAUAAAUGGGAGGGACGUGCUUUUUAUGUAUAUACAGCUUCUAUUGUUUUAAACUGUCAAUCCAGUUAAUCACUCGUUCCAUAUAAUCGAAAAUUGUAUCAUCUUUG